UUCGCCUUCCCCGACUGGGCCUACAAGCCCGAGUCGUCCCCGGGCUCCCGGCAGAUCCAGCUGUGGCACUUCAUCCUGGAGCUGCUCCGCAAGGAGGAAUACCAGGAUGUCAUCGCGUGGCAGGGGGACUACGGCGAGUUUGUCAUCAAGGACCCCGACGAGGUGGCCCGCCUGUGGGGUGUCCGCAAGUGCAAGCCCCAGAUGAACUAUGACAAGCUGAGCCGGGCCCUGCGCUAUUACUACAACAAGCGCAUCCUUCACAAGACCAAGGGCAAGAGGUUCACCUACAAGUUCAACUUCAACAAGCUCGUGCUGGUCAACUACCCGUUCAUCGAUGUGGGGCUGGCGGGUGGGGCUGUGCCUCAGAGCGCCCCGCCGGUGCCCUCCGGUGGGGGCCAUUUCCGGUUCCCCCCAUCCACGCCCUCGGAGGUGCUGUCCCCCACGGAGGACCCUCGCUCGCCUCCGGCCUGCUCGGCCUCCUCGUCGGCCUCUUCCCUCUUCUCGGCCGUGGUGGCCCGGCGUUUGGGCAGGGGCUCCGUCAGCGACUGCAGCGACGGCACCUCAGAGCUGGAGGAGGCCCUGGUGGAAGACCCCAGGGCGCGCCCUCCGGGCCCCCCGGAGCUGGGAGCCUUUCGGGGACCACCUCUGGCCCGACUGGCUCCGGACGCAGGCGUCUUCCGGGUCUAUCCCCGGCCCCGCGGAGGGCCCGAGCCCCUGAGCCCCUUCCCUGUGUCUCCCCUGGCCGGCCCCGGCUCCCUGCUCCCCCCCCAGCUCUCCCCGGCCAUGCCCGUGACUCCCACCCACCUGGCCUACAGCCCGUCCCCAACGCUGAGCCCCAUGUACCCCGGGGGGGGCGGCAGCUCCGGGGGGGGCUCCCAUUUCUCUUUCAGCCCGGAGGACAUGAAGCGCUACCUCCAGGCUCACACCCAGAGCGUCUACAACUACCACCUGAGCCCCCGGGCCUUCCUGCACUACCCGGGGCUGGUGGUCCCUCAGCCCCAGCGCCCAGACAAGUGCCCACUGCCGCCCCUGGCCCCCGAGACG